CCGAGUUUUGCUAGCUAGACGUGGCUUCAAACGAAACCCUGACGGAACAGAGACCACGUACAAAACCACACAACACAGAAGGAUAACGUCGCCGUCGUCCUCGCCGCCGGCGCCGAUGACUUCGCCGUCCGCCCCCAUCCUCCACCGCCAAAUCCUGCCCAGACCCUUCGUACCCUCCUGCCACGUCUCGCCCCGCACCCCCGCAUCCGUCGCGGCGCAGCCGUCGCCGUUGCCGAGGAGAAUAUGGCGCCUGCCCCUGCUCCGAUCGUCGCUGCCUCCCGAAGGAUCCCCGGCGGAGCUUGUAGCAGAGGACUCCAAGUUCGUGCCGCUGAACGCCGAGGACCCGAUGUACGGACCGCCGGCAAUAUUGCUCAUCGGAUUCGAUAAAAGCGAGACCGUCAAGAUUCAGGAGUUCCUGAAGGAGCUCGACGGUGAUUUCCUCAAGGUGAUUCAUUGUACAGAAGAAAUGACGAAACAAACUUUGUGGGAUGCUAUGCACACUGAGCAGCCUAAUGUAGAAGCUGUUAAGAUUUUGAAAUCUCCACAAAGAAUAUGCAUCUUUUCUGGUCUGACCGGUGAGGAGAUGAUGAUGUUCAUCAACGCCUUCCCAGAAACAGGUGCUAGUUCCUUAGUCCUAGGUCAAAGGAAAUUCAGAAACUGGUUGGAACAAGCCGCUUUCGCAGCACUUGUUCCCAACAGCGCAGAGAAGGUUAUUGCUGAGCUGAUCGAGGAAAUAAUGGGUGACCAUGAGAUGCUGACGGGAAAGAAUUCAGCAUGAUGGUAGUAUGUCUCAGGUAGCGAUCCGUCCGCAGCGACAAAUUCAGGCAGCAUUGAACUGAUCCCCAAAUGGUCUCUUGAAAUCACCCGCUCCAACUGAUCCGUCGUGUAAAAUGUCAAUCCUUCGACUGUCUUCAUCUGCUGGUAAAUAUUAAAUAUCUGGAGAAGUUGGGCAGCUUGUACUAGCUACUUUUUCAAACACACAGAUGCAAGCCCUGCAACUAAAUCAAUGUACAUUUGAAACUGAGAUGAACAUUACUGAGACUUUUCUUGACGUAACCAUGUAAUUAAGAUCUUUUUUUUGGAAGCACUUAAUUCUUGGACAGUUCUUCUGGUGUUGGAUUAAGGUACAGUAUGGUGAAUAAUUUCUACUGUA